AUGGUCGCUGGUACUAUCCAUAUCUUGUCCAUGAGUGAUGAGAGGGCAGAGACUCGCCAGGCGGGCUUGACUCAUUACAAGGCGGCAUUGCAAUUCUUGCACGAGUUGUCUUGUUAUUGGAAGCAUGCAGCCCUAAUGGCGAGCCGACUCGAACGAUUCUACAAGCUGAGGGAGGAGCGACGCCUGAUCCUCGAUCCUUACAAGCAAAAUACCGGUACUGGACAGUCACCUGCCGACUUGAAGACCUUGUGGCAGAGUGUGGACUACACAGAGCUCUCGACGCCCACACGGCCGGGUAGUCCGUCCAAUGGGAAGACGACUGACCCGGUGCCCAUAUUCUUCGAGUCACCGAGUCGGUUCUUUGAGUUUUCCGACUUCAAUGUCAUCGGAAAUAUGGCCGAUACUUACGGGGGGUUCCCUCUCGUCCAGGACUCCUCGUUGGUUUCCGGGGACGCUACCACCUAG